AUGUUUUACAGACUGUUGAGCUUUAAUUCAAUCGAGGAAAUAGAACCGGAAGCUUUCAAAGAAUCUCAAAUUGCUAAAAUAAUAUUAAAAGGAAAUUUGAAACUUACCAUAUUACAUUCAGACUCUUUUAAAAAUCUUCAAAGCCUUCGGUAUUUAGAUUUAUCAUUAACAUCGAUAACCUAUCUUCCAACGAAUGGAUUAUCCGAUUUGGAAAUAUUAAGAUUACAAGAUACGAAAACGCUCAAAGUUUUUCCGUCCGUGUAUAAUUUCGACUACAUAAAAGAAGCCGAUCUCACUUAUCCUUAUCAUUGCUGUGCGUUUCAGUUUCCGGAUACGCAUUCGCCAGAAGAUUACAAACGACAUCAGGAGUUUUUACAGUCCGUUCAAAAAAAAUGUUUGGAACAAAAUGGUUUGAAAAAAAAUAAACGACAGGUUUGGUCUUUCAACGGUUCGUCCAUGACAUUUUUACCAGGAAGUUGGGGAGGUUAUUUUUACGAUGAUAAUAAAACGGAAUUUGGUUAUAUGAGAAACAUGGCCGAAGAAGAAUUUCACGAGGAAGCCACGGUUGUACCGUUGAAUGCAGUCUGUGGAAAUUUGAGUAAAAAGUAUAGAAACGUCACCUGCAGACCCGCUCCUGAUGCUUUCAAUCCAUGCGAAGACAUCAUGGGAAAUUGGGCACUUCGAAUACAAGUUUGGAUAGUUGCACUUUUUUCCCUCGUUGGAAAUUUGGCCGUACUCUUGGUUUUACUAAGUUCCAGAUUUCGUAUGACGGUACCCAAAUUUCUCAUGUGCAAUUUAGCCAUGGCGGAUUUUUUAAUGGGAUUAUAUUUGCUUUUAAUAGCCGUCAUGGAUGUUCGUUCAAUCGGAGUUUAUUUUAACUUUGCCAUCGAUUGGCAAAACGGUUGGGGAUGUCAAGUAGCUGGUUUUUUAACGGUUCUUUCGAGUGAACUUUCAAUAUUUACCUUAACCGUCAUAACAUGCGAACGAUGGUACACGAUCACAUAUGCCAUUCAUUUAAACAGAAGAUUAAAAUUAAAAACGGCGGCUCACAUAAUGGCAGGCGGUUGGAUAUAUUCAAUAAUGAUGGCUGCAUUGCCAUUGGCAGGAGUGAGCAGUUAUUCAAAAACGAGCAUUUGCCUUCCUUUGGAAAAUCGAGAAACCGGUGACAUUGCAUAUUUAAUAACUCUCCUAAUAUUUAACGGUCUUGCAUUUUGGUUGAUAUGCACUUGCUAUGGUAAAAUGUAUUGUUCCAUAAAAAAAGGUCAAGAUUUGGCAAGAUCACAUUCGGACAUGACAGUGGCCAAAAGAAUGGCUUUAUUGGUGUUCACCGAUUUCGCAUGUUGGGCACCGAUAACAUUUUUCGGUUUAACUGCACUUUCCGGUUAUCCAUUAAUAGAUGUGUCAAAAACAAAAAUAUUAUUGGUUUUUUUUUAUCCUCUCAAUUCUUGUGCCAAUCCAUAUUUAUAUGCAUUGCUUACUCAACAAUAUCAAAGAGACUUAUUCAUAUUACUUAAUAGAUAUGGUUUGUGUGCAGAAAGAGCAGCCAGAUUCAAGGGACCUACAAGAAUAAAUCCUAAAAAUAAUGUUGGAAAAGUAGGAUGUAAAAAUGAUAAUAAUUGCAAGGUAACACCACCUAAUCACAGAGGUUCACUGUUGACAACUUUUACAUCAUUGGAUAAUACAAAUAAUAUAAGGCCUUCUUAUUUGGGUCCAGUUCUUGAAUAUCAAUUGAAUUCAAUGGAACUUGUUCCAUCGAAUAAAGAAUCAAAAGUACCUUGUUGUGCUCCUGAACAAGUAGACAGAAUAAGUAAUAGUUCAUUAUUAUAA